AUGGAGAUGUUCCAUCAGAUCAAGAUUCGAGCUCCCGACUGCCAGUCGCAACGGUUUCUGUUCCGGGACCACCCAUCGGGUUGCCCUCAGGUGUAUGUGAUGGAUGUGGCCACAUUCGGCUCCACUUGUUCCCCGGCGUCCGCACAGCAUGUGAAGAACCUAAAUGCAGAGGAGUUCGCCGACGAGUAUCCCCGAGCCGCUACAGCUAUCCGGUACAACCAUUAUGUAGACGACUACUUAGACAGCUUCGAGACGCUUCAGAAGGCAAUAAAGGUUGUGAACGAGGUAAAGUUCGUGCAUUCAAAGGGAGGCUUCACUCUGCGGAAUUUCUCAUCGAACGAAGUAGGGGUGCUGGAAGGAAUAGGAGAGACGACAAUGCCUUCAUCGAAAAAUCUAGACUUGGAGCGAGGUGAAAAGUCCGAAUCAGUGCUGGGGAUUAAAUGGAUACCGUACGAAGACGUGUUUGUGUACUCCUUUGGUAUGAGAGAUGACAUACAGCGCAUUCUUCAUGAAGAUCACAUUCCCACCAAGCGGGAAAUCGCCCGAGUGGCUAUGAGCCUAUUUGAUCCGCUCGGUUUCGUCGCGUUUUUCCUUGUGCACGGCAAAAUUCUCCUCCAGGACACGUGGGCGAAAGGUACGGAAUGGGACCAACAGAUUCCUGACGAUCUCAACAAGCGGUGGCGACAGUGGUCGGAGCUCUUCGGACAGUUAAACCAGAUCCGUAUACCCCGGUGCUACUUUAGGUCACCCUUUCCUAAGAACCUGGAUCGCCUCCAACUACACGUGUUCGUAGAUGCUAGCGAAAUGGCGUAUGCUGCGGUGGCUUAUUUCCGACUGGAGAGUAACAGUUGCGUACAAGUGGCACUCGUCGGGGCCAAAGUUAAAGUUGCCCCAUUGAAAACGUUGUCUAUUCCCAGACUCGAGUUGAAAGCCGCCAACCUCGGGGUCCGCUUGGCCGGCAGCAUCCAAAGUCAGCACUCUUACCCAAUCAAUUUCCGAUAUUUCUGGGGCGAUUCGAAAACCGUUCUCGCUUGGAUCAAAUCAAUCGAUCACAGACGGUAUCAUAAGUUUGUUGCUGUCCGCGUCGGCGAGAUCCUGACAACCACAGAGCCAAAUGAAUGGAUGUACGUACCAUCGAAACUCAACGUUGCUGAUCUCGCGACGAAGUGGGGAAUUGGUCCGCAGCUGACGAUGAACAGCCCUUGGAUCCAGCCUCAUGACUUCUUCCAAACCACCGAAAGGAAUUGGCCUACGCAACAACCGAUUGAGCCAACUGAGGAAGAACUAAGGAAUGCCCACUGUCAUUUCGCACACUUUGCGUUGGUGGAAUUCACCUGGUUUAGCAGUUGGACCAAAAUGCACCGUUCAGUAGCAUACGUGCUCCGCUUUAUCAACAACAUUCGGCGGAAGAAAGGAAGAGCUAAGGAGCUUGGCAAUCUUACCAGCGAUGAGCUACGACUUGCGGAAGAAGAACUGUGGAAGAUGGCGCAAGGCGAUGUUUAUCCUGAUGAAAUCGCCGUACUCGUCCAAACUCAAGGCCCACCGGAUCGACGUCAUAAUGUUGUGGAUAAGGCCAGCGACAUCUACACCAAGUGGCCGUUCCUCGAUGAGAAUAAAGUUCUGCGGAGUCGUGGCCGAAUCGGUGCGGCACCCUACACACCGACCGAAGCUAAGUUUCCCGUAAUCCUACCCAAACAACAUUUAAUCACCUUACUUGUAGACUGGUUCCACCGCCGCUUUCGCCACGCCAACCGAGAGACCGUCUUCAACGAAAUUCGGCAACGAUUCGACAUUUCGCAACUGCGUCGAUUGUUAGACAAGGUCACACGAAGCUGCGUCUGGUGCAGAAUUGCUAAGUCUUCCCCGAGACCGCCCGCUAUGGCCCCACUACCGGAAAUGCGGGUUACUUCGUUCAUCCGGCCAUUUACCUUCACCGGGAUGGACUACUUCGGGCCGGUGCUCGUCAGAAUGGGCAGAAGCAACGUCAAGCGCUGGGUAGCCCUCUUUACGUGUCUCACUACCAGAGCCAUCCAUUUGGAAGUGGUACACUCAUUGAGUAUGGAGUCGUGCAUCAUGGCUGUUCAACGCUUUGUCUCCCGCCGGGGUAUGCCGCGGGAAUUCUGGUCGGACAAUGCCACCUGUUUUCAGGGCACUAGCAACAAACUGGAUAUGCACAACAAGAUGAUGGCGGAAAAGUUUACUACCUCACAAACAACAUGGAAGUUCAUUCUACCUGCUUCCCCGCACAUGGGCGGUGCAUGGGAAAGGCUCGUUCGCUCGGUCAAGGUGGCAAUCGGGGCGACGCUGGAUGGUACCCGAAAGCCUGACGAUGAAACACUGGAAACAAUCCUGUUAGAAGCGGAGGCCAUGAUAAACUCAAGGCCACUUACAUACAUCCCAUUGGAAUCUGCAGAUCAAGAAGCUCUGACACCAAACCACUUCUUGCUGGGUAAUUCAUCCGGCAUCAAGUUCCUGCCUACUGGCCCGAUAGAUAGUCGUUCAACACUGAGAAGCAGCUGGAACUUGGCGCGGUUCAUCAGCGACGGAUUCUGGAACAGAUGGCUAAAGGAAUACCUCCCAGUAAUUACGCGCAGAUGCAGGUGGUUGAAGGAGGUCAAGGAUCUGGAGGUCGGCGAUCUGGUCUUGGUGGUUGGCGAGGCGGCGAGGAACCAGUGGACUCGGGGGCGGAUAGAAGCAGUAUUUCCUGGACAAGACGGUAGAGUACGGCAGGCGUUGGUACGAACCACAGCGGGUCUAAUUCGAAGACCAGCCGCAAAGCUUGCUGUUUUGGACGUCGAGCCGAAUAGCAAACCUAGUUCCAGUAUUCCAGGAGUUCCUGGCCCUCACCAAGGUUUACGGGCGGGGGUAUGUGCUGGCGAGACCCCUCGCUGCGGCGACGCUACCGAGCGCAGCGCUUUAUUCGACGGUGACAGAUCUGCCGACAGUGAAGUUUCACGAGGAAACGUCAUGCAGCAGGAUACAGUAGGGCAGAAGAAAAAAACAGUACCGUAUAGGGAACACAUUUUUGCUCAAUAG